CGCGCCUCAGUGGACCAGAGCGCCUCGCUGCACCCGAGCGCCUCACUGGACCAGAGCGCCUCACUGGACCAGAGCGCCUCGCUGCACCAGAGCGCCUCACUGGACCAGAGCGCCUCGCUGCACCAGAGCACCUCACUGGACCAGAGCGCCUCGCUGCGACCGAGCGCCUCACUGGACCAGAGCGCCCUCACUGGACCAGAGCGCCUCGCUGCACCUGAGUGCCUCGCUGCACCCGAGCGCCUCACUGGACCAGAGCGCCUCACUGGACCAGAGCGCCUUGCUGCACCAGAGGCCCUCACUGGACCAGAGCGACUCACUGCACCCGAGCGCAUCACUGGACCAGAGCGCCUCGCUGCACCCGAGCGCCUCACUGGACCAGAGCGCCUCGCUGCACCCGAGCGCCUCACUGGACCAGAGCGCCUCGCUGCACCCGAGCGCAUCACUGGACCAGAGCGCCUCGCUGCACCCGAGCGCCUCACUGGACCAGAGCGCCUCGCUGCACCAGAGCGCCUCACUGGACCAGAGCGCCUCGCUGCACCAGAGAGCCUCACUGGACCAGAGCGCCUCGCUGCACCAGAGCGCCUCACUGGACCAGAGCGACUCGCUGCAACAGAGCGCCUCGCUGGACCAGAGUGCCUUGCUGCAACCGAGCGCCUCACUGGACCAAUGGUCGUCACACAGUCGUAA